GCUGGUUGGUUCUCCAGUGCUGUAGCGUCUCGCACAGUCUUAGCCCCCCCCACCCGACUGGGCCAGGCUUCCAGCAGUUGUUGUCCCUCCCCCCACUUCCCCGGGGGGGGGCAUGGGCAGCUGGUGAAGUGGAUUUCACUUGGGCUCAGUUGGCCACACCAUGAACCUCCAGGCCCAGCCCAAGGCUCAGAACAAACGGAAGCGGUGCCUCUUUGGGGAUCAGGACGCGGCUCCCAAGGAGCAGCCACCCCUGCUGCAGGCUCCCCAGCAGGCACUCCGGGGCAAGGAGGAACAGUUCGGCAGCGGUCCGGGGCUGGAGGGGCCAGUGGCUGCCUCCGCCUCACAACCCGUGGAGCUGCCUCCCACCAACAGCCUGGCCCUGCUGAACUCUGUGGUGUACGGGCACGAGAGGACCACGCCAGGCAUGCUGUCGCAGCAGGUGGGCUCGGUGAAGUGGCCCAACUCGGUGAUGGCCCCCGGGCGAGGUCCGGAGCGCGGUGGCGGCAGUGACAGCAGCUGGCAGCCGCAGCCAGGCCAGCCUCCGCCACACGCCACGUGGAACCGGCUGUCCCUCUACGGCGGACCCAAGGGGAGCCCUCAUCCUGGGGUCGGGGUCCCCACCUACUAUAACCACCCCGAGGCUCUGAAGCGGGACAAAGGGGGCGGCCCGCAGCUGGACCGCUAUGGCAACGCGGUGCGGCCCGUGAUGCCACCCAAAGGGCCACUGGAGCCGUCUCCCCUCAACUCCUUCCAUGCAACCAAGAAAGCCCCGAACCAGACGCUGCCCCUACAGCCCUUCCAGCUUGCAUUUGGCCACCAGGUGAACCGGCAGGUCUUCCGGCAGGGCCCACCGCCGCCUCCACCCAACCCCACAGCGGCCGCAGCCGCUUUCCCCCCACAGAAGCAGGGGCCGCCGCCGCAGGCAGCGCUGCCGCAGAUGCAGCUGUUUGAGAACUUCUACUCCAUGCAGCAGCCGCCUUCGCAGCAGCCCCAGGACUUCGGCCUGCAGCCAGCCGGACCGUUGGGGCAGUCACACCUGGCUCACCAUAGCAUGGCACCCUACCCUUUCCCCCCGAAUCCCGAUAUGAACCCGGAACUGCGCAAGGCCCUCUUACCAGAGUCGGCCCCACAGCCUGUGCUACCUCAACCUUCGGUCGCCUUCCCCCGCCGCUCCCGCCGUCUCUCCAAGGAGGGUAUCCUGCCUCCCACCGCCCUGGACGGAGCCGGCACCCAACCCGGACAGGAACCCACCAGCAAUCUCUUCCUGCAUCACUGGCCGUUGCAGCAGCCACCCCCCGGCCCCCUGGGACAGCCCCAUCCUGAAGCACUGGGCUUCCCACUGGAGCUGCUGGCCGACGGAGAGAGACUGGCACCCAAUGGUCGUGAGCGGGAGGCUCCGGGUGCGGCCAGCGAGGAGAGCCUGAGGACAGUGGGCAGCAGUGACUGUGGCCAGGCACUUCGGGGUGGGGUGAUCCAGAGUACCAGACGGAGGCGCCGCACGUCCCAGGAGGCUAAUUUGCUGACCUUGGCUCAGAAGGCAGUGGAGCUGGCCUCACUACAGAAUGCGAAGGAUACCAACGGCUCCGAGGAGAAGCGGAAAAGCGUCCUGGCCUCCACUGCCAAGAGUGGGGUGGAGUUUUCUGAGCCUUCCUUAGCCGCUAAGCGCACACGAGAUGAGAGUGGACUGGUUCCUCUCAUCAUCCCCGUGUCCGUGCCCGUGCGGGCUGUGGACCCAGCUGAGAUGGCCCAGGCUGGUGGCAUGGACAGGGAUGGGAAGGGUCUUGACCAGAACCCCACAGAACACAAGCCCUCAGUCAUUGUCACCCGCAGGCGGUCCACCCGGGUCCCCGGGUCAGAGGCGACGACUCAGGCGGAGGACAUGAACGUCAAACUGGAGGGGGAACCCUCUGUGCGGAAACCAAAGCAGCGGCCACGCCCCGAGCCCCUCAUCAUCCCCACCAAGGCAGGCACUUUCAUCGCCCCUCCUGUCUACUCCAACAUCACCCCAUACCAGAGCCACCUGCGCUCCCCGGUCCGCCUGGCUGACCACCCAUCCGAGCGGAGCUUCGAGCUGCCCCCCUACACGCCACCUCCCAUCCUCAGUCCCGUGCGGGAAGGUUCCGGCCUCUACUUCAACGCCAUCAUAUCCACCAGCAGCGUCCCAGCCCCUCCUCCCAUCACGCCCAAGAGUGCCCAUCGCACCCUGCUGCGCUCCAACAGCACGGAGGUCACGCCGCCCGUCCUCUCCGUGAUGGGUGAGGCCACCCCUGUGAGCAUCGAGCCGCGGAUCAAUGUGGGUUCCCGGUUCCAAGCAGAAAUCCCCUCCAUGAGGGACCGCUCCCUGGCAGCUGCAGACCCCCACAAGGCUGACCUGGUGUGGCAGCCCUGGGAAGACCUGGAGAGCAGCCCGGAGAAGCAGAGGCAAGUGGAAUACCUUUUGACCGCUGCCUGUUCCAGCAUUUUCCCUGGUGCUGGCACCAACCAGGAGCUGGCCCUGCACUAUCUGCAUGAGAGCAGGGGAGACAUCCUGGAAACACUGAAUAAGCUGCUCCUGAAGAAGCCCCUGCGGCCCCACAACCACCCGCUGGCAACUUAUCACUACACAGGCUCUGACCAGUGGAAGAUGUCAGAGAGGAAACUCUUCAACAAGGGCAUUGCCAUCUACAAAAAGGAUUUCUUCCUGGUCCAGAAGCUGAUCCAAACCAAGACGGUGGCCCAGUGCGUGGAGUUCUACUACACCUACAAGAAGCAGGUGAAGAUCGGCCGCAACGGGACGCUCACCUUUGGGGAUGUCGAUACAAGCGACGAGAAGUCAGCCCAGGAAGAGGUGGAAGUGGAUAUCAAGACUUCGCAGAAGUUCCCAAGGGUGCCUCCUCCCAGAAGAGAGUCCCCAGGUGAAGAGAGGCCGGAGCCAAGGAGGGAGGUGAAGGAGCCCAGGAAGGAGGGGGAGGAAGAGGUGCCCGAGGCCCAGGAUCAGGGGGAGCAGGAAGAGGGGCGAGAGCGCAGCCGGCGGGCUGCGGCUGUCAAAGCCACGCAGACACUACAGGCCAAUGAGUCGGCCAAUGACAUCCUCAUCCUCCGGAGUCACGAAUCCAACGCCCCUGGCUCGGCCGUCACUCCGGCCUCAGAGAAGCCGAGAGAGGGGCCUGGGAAGUCGCGAAGGGCGCUACCUUUCUCGGAGAAGAAGAAAAAAAUGGAGACAUUUAAUAAGACCCAGAAUCAGGAGAAUACUUUCCCUUGUAAAAAAUGUGGCAGGUAA